AUGCGGUCGGUAUUGGGCGGGCAUGGUUGGUUGUCAGGUUGGCUGAUAGUGGCGGGUGGUUGCGCGGCGUUGGAGUGUGCGAAGGAGAGGAAGUGGUUGGCUAGUUAUUGGCGUGUGCUAGAUGAUAGGGAGUACGGAGAGUUGCGGGAGGUGUUGAGUGACAAGGAAUGGACUCGUCGUCAAGAGUGGAUUGCACGAUGGGCGAAGUUUGGCGGGACCGUGCCGUCUGAAGUGCUGAUGGAGUGGACAAUGACGACGUCGGUUUCUGGUUGCACUGUGAGUAGUCCAUUAUACAUUCCGGCGUUGGGUGUCAUGAACGCUUUUGCUCGGAACGCUGGAGUGUUUAAGACCGAUUGUGAGGCACAUCGGGCGUUGAGGAAGGCGUUACCUGUGGCGGCAUGGAAGCGUUUGAGGUGGGUGGAUCGUACACAUAUGCGAACAUGCCAUCUCCAAUAUGUCGAGCUCGCUGCCAUCCUCCACGCCUACUUCGUCGCUCCUCUCGGGUACCUGGACGAAUCCGUUCGAGCUCAGGUCAGUGUUGCUAUCCCAGGCAAACCCGUUAGACAACGCUACUGGACCACUGGCUGCCUCCUCCAACUAGCACACGCACCCGUCGAUGAUCUCGUCAACUUUUGCGUACUACGACUACGACACCGCCCCAAAGGCACUCUAUAUUCCAUUACGACCAAGAAACGUAAUCCUCGACCUGCACUCCACACCAACCACGUACAAGCCUACGCUGAUGCAGCAUGGCUAAAACGAAAAUUCGCCAAACUACCGGCCGUCUCCGCCAACGUCUACAGCGACUUAAACCCCGAGCUUCUUGCCGGCAUCCAACAAUCCCCCGACCAGGCCGGCGCCGAACAAAAACUCCCCGACGGACUUUCCCGCGGAUCUUCCGACGAACCUGAAAUUCAGCCUGCUGCUCCGGAAAGGGAACCGACGCCACCGGCGGCAAAAAAACGUAAACAAGAAACCGCUUGUGCCACAGGUCAUAAGACGUCCCACCGACCCUACAGUUUUCCCGAAGAUUCGUUUUCAGAGAUGGAGGACUAUGAAUCAUUGGGCGAGUCUUCGAACCAGUGGUCCGGUCUGACCGAGAAUCUGGAUAUCGUUACUGUCAACGAAUGGGUCGCUUAUCAAGAGUCACAGGAAGUCACUUCAACAUCUACGGGAAGUGCACUACACUCCUCGGUGCUACAUGACGGUCAAUAUGGUUUGCCGGAUGUUCUUGGCGGAACAGCUGAGCAUACCUUUGGACAAGA